CAGCUUCACUCCUCGUUCUUUCGCUCGAGCUCGCAAAGUCGCAUCACAUGGCGCCCCCUCAGAUCUCCCGCAAAAUCCUCGGCCUCCUCCUCCUCCUCGCCGCGGUCGUCUCCCCGGCCGCUGCCGACGGCGACGAGGUCGUGGCCCUGACGGAGUCCACCUUCGAGAAGGAGGUCGGACAGGACCGCGCCGCACUCGUCGAGUUCUACGCACCAUGGUGCGGCCACUGCAAGAAGCUUGCCCCCGAGUAUGAAAAACUUGCUGCAAGUUUCAAGAAGGCUAAAUCAGUAUUAAUUGCAAAGGUUGACUGCGAUGAGCACAAGAGUUUGUGCAGCAAGUAUGGAGUUUCUGGGUACCCUACAAUUCAAUGGUUUCCCAAAGGUUCUUUGGAGCCAAAGAAUUAUGAAGGUCAGCGAACCAUGGAAGCCCUUGCAGAAUUUGUUAAUACUGAAGCAGGUACCAAUGUAAAGAUAGCAGCAGUUCCUUCAAGUGUCGUGGUCCUGACUGCAGAGACCUUUGACUCAAUUGUCCUUGAUGAAACCAAAGAUGUCCUUGUUGAGUUCUAUGCCCCAUGGUGUGGUCACUGCAAGCAUCUUGCUCCAGUAUAUGAGAAGCUGGCUUCAGUUUUCAAGCAGGACGAGGGUGUUGUGAUUGCCAAUCUUGAUGCUGACAAGCACACUGACUUGGCUGAGAAGUACGGUGUUUCUGGUUUCCCUACAUUGAAGUUCUUCCCUAAGGGAAACAAAGCUGGUGAAGAUUAUGAUGGUGGACGGGACUUGGAUGACUUUGUGAAGUUCAUCAAUGAGAAGUGUGGCACCAGCCGGGAUUCAAAGGGUCAACUAAGUUCAGAGGCUGGGAUUGUGGCAAGCUUGAAUCCUCUUGUGAAGGAGUUCCUCAAUGCUGCAGAUGACAAGCGGAAGGAAGUCCUCUCUAAAAUGGAAGAGGAUGUUGCUAAGCUCAGUGGUUCUGCUGCUAAGCAUGGAAAGAUCUAUGUGACCGCUGCGAAGAAGAUUAUAGACAAGGGCUCUGACUAUACUAAGAAGGAAACUGAGAGGCUGCAACGCAUGUUGGAGAAGUCGAUCAGUCCUUCCAAAGCUGAUGAAUUCAUCAUCAAGAAGAACAUUCUUUCGACAUUCUCUUCUUGAAGGUGAUGACGACCCACAGGCCCCGACCUGCCAUUGACAGCGCAACCACCCCACUUGCCACGGAAGGAUAACAAAAGAAAAGGGAUGAUAUCAGUGAGAGGUGGUAGUGAAAGUAUAGUGGUGGCAGAACUAGUUGAUGGGUUUUUGUGUUGAAACUUGUAACCAGCUGCACGGCGAUCCCUUUUCUCUGUUAUUUACAUUUCUGGUUACAGGGAUUGACUUGGUACUCAGUUUACAUACGAAAACAGAAGAUGUUUAUGUGUCCAUCCCUAGAUGACAACGUACUUUUUUCUUAAUCCAAUAAGUUGGUUAUUCAGCUUC